AUGCGCAUUCUCAAUUCCCUUGUCGGCACCGCCAUCCUAGCUUCCUCCGCCGUCGCCGCGCCUCCUGGCAAGGGCAGGACGCCGCAGUUCUUCAACGCGGCGCGCCACCCUGGCGCAGACCCUCAUGUCAUCUGGGACGCCACGAGCCACCAAUACUACGCCUACUCCACCGAGGGCGCCGACCCAGGAUACCACUUUGCCGUCUACAGUUCUCCGGACCUGGCGACAUGGCACCGCCACGAGGGCGGCGUGCUGCGCGCCUGCUACGACAACGACAUGAACAGGCUGCCGGGUGGCCAGGCGUGUUGGGCGCGCGACUGGUACUGGGCGCCCGAGACGUACCACAACGAGCAGACGGGGUGGUACUUCUUCUUCUUCGCCGGGCGGAUGACCGAGGACCUGACGGCGGACAACUUUCGCUACGCCGAGUUCGAGGAGCCCUCCAAGAUUGGCGUCGCCGUCUCCAAGUCGCCCACCGGUCCGUUUGAGGAGAUUGAGGACAAGCCCAUCGACUACUGGCCGUUUGACCCCAACUACCACGACGUCAACCUGAUCAUGAACAAGGACCAGAUGCUGCCGCCCCAGAGCCUGGAGGAGGGACAAACGGCGCCCAUGGGCACCUUUAUCCCCACCAUUGACGUGAACAUCUUCUUUGACGAGGACGACCGCGUGUACCUGUACUUGUCGCGCAACGCCUACCGCAACUGGAACUGGGACGACGAGCUGGGCAAGUACAUUGAGGAGUCCAAUAUCAUCGUCGUCGAGAUGGACCGCACGUGGUGGGACGAUCCGACCGCCUCGACCAUGCCCGAGAUCAUCGCGUCGCAAAAGGACGUGCACGCCCACGACGCACCCAGCCUUCCCUGCAACAUCACCAUGUACAACGGGACCGGCGCGCUCGGUGCCCCGCCGCGCAAGGACGGUUGGCAGACGGUCAUCUCGUACGGCGCCGAUCCCCAGGCAUGGGAGAACUACCACGUCAAUGACUACGAGGCCUUUAACGGUACCAAGAAGGACCGUCGUUGGUCCGAGGGCAGCACGCUUCUCAAGCGGCUGGGACAAGACGGCGAGCCCAUCUACAUAAUCCUGUACAGCGCCAACAACUACGAGGCGUCCAACUACGGCGUCGGCUACGCCAUGGCCGAGUCACCCCUGGGCCCGUUCGUCAAGGCCACCAGCAACCCCAUACUGUCACAAGACCCAGACGCCGCGAUACCAAUCUACUCGACCGGUCACGGGAGCGUCGUCGCCUCGCCGUCCAAGGGUAAGAAUGAGCACGUGGGUGCGCAGGACGUCACUCUCCGGACCCCCAAGGGCGCGGAGCUCUUCUACGUGCACCACGGACGCAACGACACCACGGUCGCUCGAUCCCUCUACACGACGCGGAUGACAUUGGACGAGAAGAGUGUCCGCUUCGGGUCGAACGAUCUCAUCACCAUGCAUCUUACCUCGCAAGACCAGGAUCUACCCAGGGGAACGUACCCGCUUCACAUGGAAGCGAGCUGCUCCCAGAAGGGGCAGGGGAGUGUGGUGACUGUGCGGGUCGAGUCCAAGCCGGGCGCUGCUUUUGAUCUCACAGAGGGAUCCAACAGAGUGGUCGGGCUGCCCGGCGAUGUCCAGGCCACAACAGUGACGGCAGGGGACGGCGAGGAGGGUAGCUUUGCACUCGAUUUUGGACAGGCUGGCGAGAAGGACGUUGCGUAUCAGCGAUUGAGUGUCAAUGGGAGCUGGAACACGGUGAUAAAGCGUAAGGCUGGCUGUAAGAAGUAG